AUGGAAUCUAUCUAUCUAUCUAUCUAUCUAUCUAUCUAUCUAUCUAUCUAUCUAUCUAUCUCAGAGGGAUUUUUUGCUAUCUAUCUAUGUAUCUCAGAGGGACUUUUAUCUAUCUAUCUAUCUAUCUAUCUAUCUAUCUAUCUAUUACAGAGGGCCUCUUAUCUAUCUAUCUAUCUAUCUAUCUAUCUAUCUAUAACAGAGGGUCUCUUAUCUAUCAUCUAUCUAUCUAUCUAUCUAUCUAUCUAUCUAUCUAUCUAUCUAUCUCAGAGGGAUUUUUAUCUAUCUAUCUAUCUAUCUAUCUAUCUAUCUAUCUAUCUAUCUAUCUAUCUAUUGCUAAAUAUCACUGAAAUCCACACAACUGAAUCUAUCUAUCUAUCUAUCUAUCUAUUAGACAUAUUUAUGCUUGCAUGCAUAUCUAUCUAUCUAUCUAUCUAUCUAUCUAUCUAUCUAUCUAUCUAUCUAUCUAUGUCUCUCUCUCUCUCUCUCUCUCUCUCUAUUCAAACUUUCAUCAUGACUUCCUUUUCUGACUUUCGUAUGUUCUUUCCUUCUUUCUUUUCUUUUCUUUCUUUUCUUUCUUUCUUUCUUUCUUUCUUUCUUUCUUUCUUUCUCCUGCUUUUCGUUCUCUCUCACUAUUUUGUUCUUUUCUAUCUUUCUUUCUAUUUCAUUGGUGCUCUUUUGUCCCUUUUUUCGCCUCCUAUCUAUCUAUCUAUCUAUCUAUCUAUCUAUCUAUCUAUCUAUCUAUCUAUCUAUCUGUGUGUGUGUGUUUAG